UAAUUCGGAUUCUUUUCAUCUAAGCAUCAAUAUCAUAAUAUGACUUUAUCAUCAAAUACUAGUGUCGAAAAAGAAAUUGAAGAUCCUGUCGAACGGAUGUUAAAGAAGACCGGUUGCAUAGAAUUGCAUUAUCAAGUUCAAGAAUGUAUAGCUGAGCAUCGAGAUUGGAGGAAAUGUCAAAAUGAAGUAAAAAAGUUUAAGGAAUGUAUGAGUGAACAUACAAAGCAGCAAGAAUUAAAACAUUAAUAAUAGAUAUUUGAAUUUAAAGAUGUGGUUGAUAAAUAGAUAUAUUAAAUCUCUAUUUGCUCCUGCUUGGGAUGGACAGUAUUGUAAAAUGGUAAUAGUGGUUCGAUCGGAUAUACCCAUGGGAAAGGGUAAAAUUGGUGCUCAAUGUGCUCAUGCUGCAUUAGAAUGUUGCCGGCAAACAUUAAAUAAUGAAAAAAAACAACAAAUGUUUAAUUCUUGGUUACGAAUUGGACAGCCAAAAAUUGUUGUCAAAAUACCAAACGAAGAAGAGUUACUAAUUUUGGCAGAUAAAGCUCAACGUGUUGGUUUAAUUACUGCCAUAAUAAAAGAUGCUGGUAGAACUCAGUUGAAACCUGGUACAGUCACAGUUGUAGGUAUAGGACCAGGAUCUAAUGAGGUUAUUGAUAGUCUUACAUCAAGAUUAAGAUUAUUAUAAAUGUAUCUUGUAAAUAAAAUACAUGUUAAGGAAAGAUAUUAGUGAUAAUUUUCACAUGAAAUCUUGAAGGAUAUUAAAAACUUGGAUAAAAUUUCAA